GAUGAAGCCUGUGACACACCACCAGCAGCAGCAACAACCUCCUCGACCCCCCCUAUCCGACUCUACCCGAAAUACCAGCAAGGGAUUAAAAAGCUCUGCGCCACCAACUGACCGCAACCUCCCAGCGACCCUUCCUCCUAAACUCUUCUUCUCUCCUUCUCUGGCAACAAUCUGCAGAUCGAGCCAGCUAUCUGAGCGUGCGCCAAGUUCUUCGGAGGUCAGCGUGCCAUUGGCAUUGCUGCUUGCCUUUGCUGCCAUUGGCUCUGUUCGAGGAACAGAGGUUGUUGAAUAUGGAGCGUGCGGCGGUUGUAGCUGCUGCGCUGGUGGCCGUGCUGGUGUCGGUGCUCGCGCCGGCGGCGACGGCGCAGAUGGACAGCUGCAGCGGCGAGCUGCCGCCGUCGCUCGUCGGGAACUACUCCGGGUUGGCCUGCCAGCCGGUCUGGAACAACUUCGUGCUCCGGUACCACCAGGACAAGAACAACGUGCUGCGGGUGGUGCUGUCGACGAUGUACAGCACGGGGUGGGUCGGGAUGGGCUUCUCGCGUGACGGGCUGAUGGUGGGCUCGAGCGCCAUGGUGGGCUGGAUGGGCCGCAAGGGCCUGCCCCACAUCCGGCAGUUCGCGCUGCGCGGCAAGUCCGGGUCCAAGAAGGACGUGGCCGUCGACAGGGGCUUCCUCGUCUCCAACGACCACGACCACACCGUCGUGGUCAGCCAGGCCAAGAUCUUCGUCGCCUUCCAGCUCCGCUUCCCCUACCGCCUCUCCCACCAGCACAUCAUCCUCGCCUUCGGCUCCGGGAUCCCCGUCAACAACAAGCUCUCCAAGCACCAGGACAAGACCUCCUUCACCUUCGAUUUCACCACAGGGAAAACGUUUGCCGACGGGGCAUUCCCGUACGCGCUGAGGCGUGCGCACGGGGGGCUCAACCUGUUCGCGUGGGGCAUCCUGAUGCCUAUCGGGGCCAUCCUGGCGCGCUACUUCCGGCGGAUGGAUCCGCUCUGGUUCUACCUCCACGUCGGCAUCCAGUUCGUCGGCUUCAUCAUCGGCCUCGCCGGCGUCGUCGCCGGCGUCGCGCUCUACAACAAGAUCCAGGCCGACAUCCCCGCCCACAGAGGCCUCGGGAUCUUCGUCCUCUUCCUCGGCAUCCUUCAGGUUCUGGCAUUCUUCCUGAGGCCUAACACGGACUCCAAGUACCGGAAGUACUGGAACUGGUACCACCACUGGGCGGGCAGGCUGACGCUCUUCUUCGCGGCUGUGAACAUUGUGCUCGGGAUCCAUGUUGGAGGCAACCACAGUUCGUGGCAGAUUGGCUAUGGUUUCAACCUUGCCAUUCUUCUCGUGGCCGUCAUCGCGUUGGAGUUCAUGCUCUGGACGAGGUGGUCUAAGGACAGCGCUCCCACGCCCACGUACUGAUCGACUGACCUCUGUUGUCGGCAAUGGUGAUGCCCUGUUUUUUUAGUUCUUUUUUCUUUGCCUCAUGUGUGAUAUUUUCUUAUUCGUUUUUCUUCCUUUGCAUUUUUGGUGUAUUCUUGAUGACGGAAAUGCAAGUGUGAGUAGGUUUCUGUGUGGUUUCGUGUUCUAUGGAAAUGGAACCGGGGAGAAGGUCUCCCUGGUCAUCUAGAAAAUAUGUUGGUGGACCAGCUAAGCAUGGUACACGUACACAAGUUUGGUUGCAUCA